AUGGGCCGUGGUAAGCAAGGAAUUCAUGUCACUACUGCAGCUGCAAAUGGCUAUAUGGAUUUGGACCAUCCCCUUUUUAAGGGUAAAUACUCCCGGGAAAGGGACUCUGGUGCAAUCUAUGCGGGAGCUGGGGAUCCCUGGAACGGAGAGAAAUCAGACUUUAGCGAGUGGGGAUCUCGCGUCGAUCUCUGGUCGUGGGGUGGUGGAGUGACAACCACAACAUGGGAGGCAGGGAAGAGAGGUCUUUACACUCACACUUAUGGAGGAACUGGUAGUGCCAAUACGAUAAUUGCUGGUUGUGCUGCGUUCAUUCAGGUGGAACAGAACUUCGCAGAUCACAGAAAUGUUGGCCGUCAGCCAGAUCUUGUAAAAGCCAUACAGAUUCUAGAGACGUUAUCCGAAGACACUUCAACCCCAACCCCUGCGCCGACCUCGACAACAACUACUUCGACAACAACUACCACUACUUCGACAACAACUACCACUACUUCGACAACAACUACCACUACUUCGACAACAACUACCACUACUUCGACAACAACUACCACUACUUCAAAAACAAACCGACUCGGACAACAACUCCAAAAAACAAGCCGACAACGACAAGCUGGAAAGGAAGAUAGAACACAAAAGGAUGAAUCUCAAGCUCGGCAAUCGGGAAUAAGCUCCAUCCCUGUUGCUAUUGGUGCUGCUUCGGGUGUCGCUGCUCUUUGA